UUAUUGUUAAAGAAAAGCAUGCAACGCAGCACAACACUGGCAAAUUUUCAGCAGAACAGCAGAGAGAAGCAGACGACAGUAUUUUGUAAAAUUCUAGAUUUCAAAUAUUUGAAUUUGAACAUUCAAACUACUUUUUUUCUGCAUAGAAUUAAUUGAUUUUUUAAGUGUAGUGAUUGAUUUCUAUUCCAGAUUAUUUUCCCACAAAGACAGUAAUGUCAGACCCUGAACUUAUAUCAGUCGAUCUUUGUGCUGGUGAAUCUACUAGUCUUGAUGUCAUUGAAGUCGUUGUACCCACAAACAUUCAAAAUGAUAAAGAAAGAGACGGUCGCAAUAAAGUGAGCAUUAGUGGAUGUGGAACAAAGGCCAAACAGAACUACAAACAGACUUCCGUACAACAUCAGUCGAUCUUUGUGCUGGUGAAUCUACUAGUCUUGAUGUCAUUGAAGUCGUUGUACCCACAAACAUUCAAAAUGAUAAAGAAAGAGACGGUCGCAAUAAAGUGAGCAUUAGUGGAUGUGGAACAAAGGCCAAACAGAACUACAAACAGACUUCCGUACAAAACUUUUUCAAAGUUCCUGUUAGUAUGUCUCUUCCAGUAGCAGUGUCUCUUCCAGUAGAAGUGUCUCUUCCAGUAGCAGUGCCUCUUCCAGUAGCAGUGUUACCUAUUCCUACUUGCACAUCACCAUCAUCUAGAACAACGGAAGAGAUAUGUGCAACUUCAAUAGUCGUAACCAAUCCUGAUUUUGCUUCACCAGACUCGACAGAGCCCAGCAAAAAGAAGAAACCAUAUUACAGACAAAAAUUUGUCGACAAAUGGCUUGCAGAAGAAGAAUUCAAACCAUGGCUGGAAAAAAGGCUAAGUCCAUCCAAAAACUGCUUGACAGUCUAUUGCAAGUUUUGUUGCGUAGAAUGUACAAAUGGCCGCUCUGAACUCGUUCGACAUAUGGCUACCCGCAUUCACUUGCAGCAGGGAAAUACGUGGGCGUUGAAGCUGGUGGAACAGCAACGGAUUACGAUGCAAAGGUUUGUCAGCGGCUCCACCAAGCAAGCAGAACUAGAGGGAAGACUGACUCUCUUCAUCGCGGACAACCACCUUGCUCUUUCUGUCAUUGACAGUUUAAGCGACCUUUUGAAGAAAUGUUUUCCAGAUGACGAAAGAGUUCGUAAGCUUGCUUUAAAGAAACAACAACUAGGAAACAUCGUUCGCUAUGGUACGUACGGAUAAGCAACGAAUAAUUUUUUUUCGUUCUUAGAACGGAGACUGUGUUGUAUGUUUUAUCUUUCUGUCUCUUGGUGGUUGGCGCAAUUGUAUCAUGAGAGUAUAGACUACAAAAAUUUUGCCUUGGCUGCCCGGCAACCAUCCCAUUUUGUUUGCCACUUGAACCACUUGACGGAUUUACUCUACGGGCCAGUAAAUUGUUAUAGUAGUUGAAAGAAAAAGUAAAAGAUAUCGUUACAAAAGCGGAAAGAUAUCAUCAUUUAUUUUCAUACACCUCAAACGAAAAAUGGAAUACGAUCUGAAGUAAUUCCUAAAGAUCGUAUAUUUAUUUAAGAAAAGUUUAUUUUUGUGUAGCUGAACUUACUUUUUUAAUUCCAGGUUUUGGAGAUCAUCUGAAAAAGGAUCUGGUGAACACCUUGAAAGAGGUUUUUUCUCAAUUAUUAUUGACGAAACGACUGAUGUCUCAGUAAAGGGACAAUUAGCGUGUGUAGUGCAGUAUUGGUGCCUCGACAAACACAGGCUGGUUGUUAAACUGCUCGACUUAAUUGAAGUCGAAUCGGCAACCGCUGAUGGGUUAUCUACUAGUGUUUUAAAAUUGCUGGAAAGAGAAAAUAUUCCACUGGAGAGAGUCAUCGGGUUUAGUGCCGACACCUGCAGUACAAUGUUUGGAAGGCAUCAUUCCGUUUCCACUCUGUUGACCUCUGCUUUGCCGAACAUUUUAACCGUAAAGUGUUCAUGCCAUUCCAUGAAUCUUUCGGCUUCAUACGCUUGCAAGAGGCUUCCUGUAGACAUUGAGGAUGGUCUGCGCAUUGUUUUUAACCACUUUAGCCACAGCACAGCUCGCCGACGUAAUUUUUCCGCCUUUCUGGAGUUCGUUGGAGUCGCAAAAAAUAGAAUCUUGUCCCCCGGACAAACAAGAUGGCUAUCGCUUGAGGCCUGUGUCUGGCGUGUGAAAGAUCAGCUACCGGCAUUGAAAGAAUAUUUUGAAUCUGAGUACCAAGAGUCGAAUACUCAAACCAACAAAGCGGUUAUAGCUUCCUUAAAGCAUCCAUUGACCGUUCCUUUUUUGCUUUUUGUUGGUCAUGCCUUAAGCCAGAUGAACGAAGUUAACACCCAAUUCCAAUCAGAGUCUCCACAACUCCAUCUCCUAAAAGGAGCUAUUGAGGGACUUAUGCAGAGCUUUGCAACAAACUUCAUGAAUCCAAGGUACGUCAUCAGCCGUGAAGUUGCAAAAAUUGACGUGUGGCUUACAUCGGAGUACGUUAGCCUUAGAAAGGUUUAUCUCGGUAAGUAACUUUUAAACCCAUAAUAAAUUCCCUUAAUGCAUGAGCCAUUUAACCCAAAUAUUAGGAGAAGCUGCCAAUCAAUGGAUCCAAAAGUGCACUGAAUUGAGCACUGAAGACCUUGAUUAUAUUUUCAAGCUAUGUCGGAGCUUUUACAUCGAAGCUUUUCUACAGCUUCAACAACGAUAUAGCUUCAAGGACAGUUUUUUUGCAAUAGCUGAUCUCUUACAUCCCAAAAAUGCCCGUAGUUGUGAGCCUUCUAAUUUAACCUCUCUUUUCCAGCAUUUCCUGUUUUAGGAAAGAAUAUUAACACGUCGAAAGCCGAACUGGACUGGCGAUCCCACAUUCAUCUUGAACCUGAGUUUUUUGGUUGCGCCAACGAUGGCUCGGUGAGACUCCUUGAUGCCGAAAGUUACUGGAGUACUGUUUUGAAAUGCAAAACUCCAAAUGGUAGUACGAAGUUUCCAAACUUGGCCGUUUGUAUUGCUUUUUUAUUUUCAAUGCCGUACAGCAAUGUUGCAGCUGAGAGGGUUUUUAGUAUGCUCAAGCUUAUUAAAACUGAUGGUAGAAAUUCAUUGCAUAAUAUUACAUUAUCUAGUCUAAUGCGGAUUAAAGAUUGGCUGAAAGUAACUGGAAGAUCUGCUUGUGAUGCAGAAUUCAGUGAACAAUUAAUAAAAAGCGUUUUGUCUGUUGUUGCUAAUCAAGCUAUUGAGCCUGGCAUCAGAAGUGGCGUAGAUGGAGCUUGCCAAACUCCUGAUGUUCUCCCUUUUUAACUGUGUGCUGUUCCCUUUUAUGUGAGUAAUUUAAAAGUUAUAACCUAGUCUCCGCCUCCGUAAAUGUUGCAGUUUGACGAGGAGCUGUCAUUAUCUAAUGUUUUUCAAUGUGCAAUUCGGAAUACAAAGAAUCUGGUCGGA